CGGGCGGGCGGCUCCCGCUUCAACCUCAGCAGUGGCGUCGGCGACGGCGGAGUCGAGGCACCCGCGAGCGCUCGGCUGAGAGUCAGCCGGCGGCGACGGCGCAAGAGCUAGGAGUUAGGGACACGCGCGCCGGACCUUCAGCCGCCGCUGCGCCGCGGCCGCUGCUGCCGCCACCCAGAGCCUGAGGCGCCGGGGCCCGGGGAGCCUGGGGGCCGGCGGGAGAGCGGGCCGGGGGGAGGGUGGGGUAUGGCGCGGACCCCGGGGCCGGCCCCGCUGUGUCCCGGAGGCGGCAAAGCACAACUUUCCUCCGCUUCUCCCCCCGGGGCCGGGCUCCUGCUGCCGCCCCCGACGCCACCGCCGCUGCUGCUGCUGCUCUUCCCGCUGCUGCUCUUCUCCCGGCUCUGUGGUGCCUUAGCUGGACCAAUUAUUGUGGAGCCACAUGUCACAGCAGUAUGGGGAAAGAAUGUUUCAUUGAAAUGUUUAAUUGAAGUAAAUGAAACCAUAACACAAAUUUCAUGGGAGAAGGUACAUGGCAAAAGUUCACAGACUAUUGCAGUUCAUCAUCCUCAAUAUGGAUUCUCUGUUCAAGGAGAAUAUCAGGGAAGAGUCCUGUUUAAAAACUAUUCACUUAAUGAUGCAACAAUUACUCUACAUAACAUCGGAUUCUCUGAUUCUGGAAAAUACAUAUGCAAAGCUGUUACGUUCCCACUUGGAAAUGCCCAGUCCUCUACAACAGUAACUGUGUUAGUUGAACCCACUGUGAGCCUGAUAAAAGGGCCAGAUUCUUUAAUCGAUGGAGGAAAUGAAACAGUAGCAGCCAUUUGUAUCGCAGCCACUGGAAAACCAGUUGCACAUAUUGAGUGGGAAGGUGAUCUUGGUGAAAUGGAAUCUAUUACAACUACCUUUCCAAAUGAAACAGCAACAGUUGUCAGCCAGUACAAGCUGUUUCCAACGAGAUUUGCUAGAGGAAGGCGGAUUACUUGUGUUGUAAAACAUCCAGCCUUGGAAAAGGAUAUCCGAUACUCUUUCAUGUUAGAUAUACAGUAUGCCCCUGAAGUUUCAGUAACCGGAUAUGAUGGAAAUUGGUUUGUAGGGAGAAGAGGUGUUAAUCUCAAGUGUAAUGCUGAUGCAAAUCCACCACCAUUCAAAUCUGUGUGGAGCAGGUUGGAUGGACAAUGGCUUGAUGGUUUGUUGGCUUCAGACAAUACUCUUCAUUUUGUCCAUCCACUGACUUUCAAUUAUUCUGGUGUUUAUGUCUGUAAAGUGACCAAUUCCCUUGGUCAAAGAAGUGAUCAAAAGGUCAUCUACAUUUCAGAUGUUCCAUUUAAGCAGACCUCUUCCAUAGCUGUAGCUGGAGCUGUCAUUGGAGCUGUCCUUGCCCUUUUCAUCAUUGCGGUCUUUGUGACUGUGCUGCUCACUCCUCGGAAAAAGAGACCAUCCUACCUUGACAAAGUGAUUGAUCUUCCACCCACACAUAAACCACCGCCUUUGUAUGAAGAAGGAUCCCCACCUUUGCCUCAAAAAGACCUUAUAUAUCAGACUGAACACUUGCCUUUGCAGACUCAGAAAAAAGAAAGAGAAAUUUGCAGUCUCCCACACUCUAAUGGACUAAAUAGCAAGAGUUUUGAUGAUGAGAACCCAGCAGGAGAAGAUGGGAUUCAGCAAAUGUAUCCCCUUUACAAUCAGAUGUGCUAUCAAGACCGGAGCCCUAGCAAACAUCAUCAAAACAACGACCCCAAGAGAGUCUACAUCAACCCACGAGAACAUUAUGUGUGAUUUUCCUCUUUUACCAAUGGUUGUUCUAACAAAUGUUUAUUAUUAGAUUGGGGAGAGAAACUGAGGCCAAUUGUUAUUUUAUUCUCUCUAGUAUAACCCAUCCCAAUCUAACUCUAUUGGAAGUCUUGAUGAAUGACUUGGAGCUAAUAGCAGAUUUCUUUCCUUCAUUAAGGGUUUCUUAACCACCAGCUGUGUUUGUGAACUUGACUGUCGCUUUGUGUGGUUCAGUAAUGAUGGUGUUUAACUACUAACAUUUGGCCUACAAUGGCAUGUUCAUUUGGAAGUGCAGCAUCUGCCUGUGAUGACUGUAGUCAUUCUCCAGAAAGAAAGGCCCCAGCUGGUAGUAUUAAACUCGCCGGGUCUCAGGCAGGCCAGCCUGUUCAUCUCUAAUUCAAAGGGAUGGAAAAAUGAGUUCAGAAUCCAUUUCACUGAUUGUUUAGCUGGGAUUUAGAUUUCCCUGACAUGCUUAAUGAAAUUACAAUACCUGUGUAAAAGGCCUGAGGAAAGAGGCAAGAUUUGCUCUUUAUCCAGAAACAACAAUAACAAAAGGCAAUUAAACCUUCAAUCCUGUCAGUUGCUUUUAAAUAGCCUUGUCAUGGUGAUAUAUGUCCCUUCUCUGUCAGUAAGGUCUUGCAGAUCCACAGUUCUUGCUAUUACCUGCCUACUUGAGACUAGCUGUAUGUAACAAAAGUUUGCCUAUUGCUCUGUCGAGUUCCCACAGUCCUGUACUUUUUACCAGAUUAGCCCAUUUUCCACCAAUUAAUUUCUAAAAUCCCUGCCUAAAUGGUAUACAGCCUUUCUCCUUGUCCCCACUUUUCUCUAGGAUUAUACUCAGCUUUCACUUCUGGAAUUUCUUUCCAACUAAUAUCAGUCCACAUGGGCUUUAGCUCUCCUGCAUACUUCAUACUGCUUACCUUCCAUGUUUUAUCUACCUCAGAAAAGCCUACUGGAAAAUCACCUGAAAGAACUCCUGCUCUUAAAAGUCAGGUGAAAAAUUCAAAAAUUAAUUUUUUAAAAAAUAAAACCACUUUAAUAUAGCAUAUGUACUAAACCCACAUGUCCUAUAUUCUUCCUCCCAUACUUUACCUCAUUGAGAAGGGUAAAAAAAUGCUAAAAAAACAAAACAAUAUAGUGACUUAUCUACCAGGGCAUCAUUUAAACUUUGAUGUCUUGAAAUGUCUUCUGGGAGUUUCCUCCUCUCCCUUUGCCAACUUUCCAUCGUGGGGAUUAACAGUAGUAAUUACAGUGGGUGAGCACAGACAGAAGGAUCACAGGUACAUGUGCAAAUGCCCAUCACUGACUUCUCACAUCUGAAGGAAAAUAUAGAUUUACUGUGUAUCCUGGAAGAUUAGAGGUGUGUCACAGGUAUAAAAAACACUAUGUAAGCUUGUUAUAUCUUAGGGAAGAGUAUCAGAAGCACUGAAAUAAAAUAGUGCACAUUCCCAACCUAACAUAGCAAAGGGAAAGGAGAACAUUAACCUAGAUUUCUAAUGAGAUACCAAAGAAACUUUAUGAUUCAUGUUGUACUGGCUUUAGUUUGUGUUUGAGUGUGUUUUCCUCUUUCAGUUCCAUGCGUUGUCAGACAAAUGAUCUUCAUUGUUCUACAGUAGUAAUACAUUCUCCCUCCAUUACCUAGGGACCAAUAAUUCUGGGGAAUAGGAAGCUUAAAUUCCAACUCAAAUCUUUGGCAAUUUUAAAGGCAAUAGAUGUAGAGCAUCAAAGGGUAAAACUCCAAUGACUCUUAUUGCAGAAUCACUGUGCUACCUCUGAGUUAGAGUUUACUGCCUCUGUCACAAAGAAGAUAAUCAACUUUAUUGCUUGGAAUGCCAUCACUGAGUGAGUGUAGCUGAAGGUAUAGGAAUCCUUGCAUUGUUUUUCAAAAAUAAGAUGACUGUUCAGAGCUCUCUGUGACAGCAAAGUGUUUUAUAAAUACUGGGGGUUGUGGUGGUGCAUUACCUCCUUUACAAAGCUUUAAAAAUGCCUUAAGUACUGGGAAUGGUUUCUAGGGACUUACUGGGGAAACGAUUGUUGAAUUAACUUCAAAAAAGCACACUGUGAACCCAAAGUACAGAUGUCUUCGUUUGUACCACAGAAAGGGAUUCAGAAGCACUGGGCUUCAGGAGUCCUUUGUCCUUUCUUCAGCACCUUCCCAAGAGGGACCACUGUCUGUCUUUCACAUUCUUCAUGUAGUUAUGGAAAAGAAAUUUCAGGAUGUAGACAUCUCUCUUGAAGCCAACUAGCUGAGUAUCCUCUUUGCCUUCAGUCAGCUCUGAUAUUUCUUGAACAAACUGGUAGAUUUUAUAGCCAUUGACCCUUUGCAUGGGUCAUAUAAGAGGUUAUUCUGGUGCCUAUCAUAUUCUCUCUCUGAAAACAACUAAAUUGAGAAAAGUUUUAAAGGGUUUGAUCAACUAGACCUCUGAACUAAAAUAAUGCUAUUCAAAAUUAGGCUGUUGAUCUCCAAAUUUAGAGCCUAGACUGCCUGAUGAUGCCUUUAAAAUUGGAAGUUAGACUUUAAAUGUCCAUGAGUGAGGUUUAGGGAUAUAAUAUACAGCUGAUAUUAGAUACCAUGACUGGUUUACUAAAAUACACUGUGCUAGAAAUAAAUCUUCAUAGCACUUGGAAAGGUAUACACUCACCUUAAACACAGCCUUUAUUGCCUAUUUUAUAUGUAGCCCAUCCCUGGGAGUUUGCAUUGUUACUGCAAGAGCAAAACACUGGGUUCUUUGCACACCACACUAAUAGGAAGAAGCAUCUGCAUCACUAGGAUCAGCCUAACAUGACAGGACAAGAAUUAAAUGGCAGAGACUUAUUAUCUCUUCUAUAAUAGUUUUCCCUAUUCCUAGGAUUUUUAUGUGUUCUACAUUUGAAGAAGUCCGUGCUUUUGGGGGCACAUAAUAAUAUGCAAUUCUUACCUGUGCUGGGCUUUGCUGCAACAUGCACAUAGUAGAGUGUAAAGUGGUAUACAGCAAACUAAAUGAGCUGGCUCUCUUAUUGUUUUCUGUGAUCUUGUUUACAAGACACAGGACAGUUUCUUCAUCCUUCUGAGAAAAUUCCUAAGUCCUCUUUCAUGGUAGUUUAAAAUGCAUUUUUUUCCCAUCAUUGUUCAGUCUCUUCCUGCCCUGAUUUCCUGGUGCUAUUCAUUAUAUACAGUUAAGACUGCCUUCAAAUAUCUUAUUCCCUAGAAUGUAGAGGUUGAAAAGAACAGGUUCUACUCCCAGCUUUACCCUUUACUAUGGAAAAUUGGGAAAGUCACUUAACCUGUCUUGGGCAUCAGUUGUCUCUUCCAUAAAGCAGAUUAUAAUAUCUUCCUGAGAAUUAAACAAGGAGAUCAUGGACAGGAAAUUAUAAGGUUCCAAACCAACAAAUGCCUUUCACUCUAUUGUAUAUUGAACUUCAAUGUCUGGCACACUUACCAGCAUUUAGAGAACUCUAAUGUCCCCAGAAAGAACCAAGUAGCAACAUGAAAUUUUAAUUUGACCUAAUUCAAGUAUAGCUAACUGCAAGUAGCUGACAUUACUUUGACUAUAAUAAGUAUUUCCCUUAUGGAAAGUCUCACUUCUGAAUUGUAGAUUUUAAGCUUUAGCUAGAAUGGAAAAAUGCAUGUUGCUAUAACUAGUGGUGGUUCUUGUUUUACCAGUUACUGCUAACAGCUAACAUUAUUGAGUGCAUAGUAUGAACUAGGUCCCAGAACAAGCACCUUACAUGAAUUACCUCAUUGGAUAGGACCAGACUCUUGUUUUGUCCUCUUUCCAAGAGCCCUCAGGGGGACAGGCAGGCUCACAUUCCACACCAGGCCACCACCAUAGGUCAUGCUUAUCAUCAGUCAGCUAUUACUUUUUUUCCAAUCUGCUUUUGGUGUUAGGAAAUAUAGUUGGCUUGAUUUUUUUCCCCAUUUUUAAGCAGAGGUAUAGGAAGGAUCAUGAAAGAAAACUAUAAGAAAUAUUAAGGUGAAAACAAGUGGAUAUGCUCAUUUUUUAUUUAGGUUUGAUGUUCUCUAAAUAUUCAGAAAGGCUCUCAUAUCCACAGCUACAAAAUAACAACCAAAACUCAAACCCAUUCCAUCCUACUUGAUUGGGUGUUGGUGGGCACAAACUUCUCUGACAUCCUUCCUCAAGGUAGUUCUUUGAUAUACUUAUUGCUCUGUUUCUUUUUCUCACUUUCAUUGAACUCCCAGAGGUGGUAACACUGGUAUUGUGUACAGAUAAAAAAGAGGUGCCUUUGGUAGAAAACUAGGAGAAGAAUAGAAAGGGUGUGAAGUAGAAAUGUCAGGGACUCACCUGUGGCUCAGCUCUGUGCUUGUCUCCUUCUGGCUUUUGACUGGCAAGGCAUUCAUCCAUCAUGCUUCAGCAGACCUUAUAGAACCACGGACUUUCAUUCCUACUAACUAAAAAAUAAUACUUGCAAGCUUAUUAAACUAUAGGUUAUAAUUGGAUUAAUCUUGUUACCUUUGUUGAAAUGCAUGGGUUUCUCUCAUCAAACCAAGUGAUAAGCUGGCCUCUGCCAAUUUGGGCAUUUACAACUAUUGGGUGUUUUAGUACCCUCUAAUAACUGAUGGUGGGAGGGCUUUACCUCUCCUCCAGCCUCACCAGGUGAUUUUUUUACACUGAACUCAGGUCUUAGCUAAGCACUGUGUCAUGUGUGUUUGUAAGCAAGUAGUCACCAGAACAGCCAUCCAACCUGUCCUGUAAGCUUGAAAAGAGUCUAUCUCUGUCCUUUAAGGUAUUCUAAUGACAUCCUACCUAAAAGAGUUAUUAGAAGUAAAUCCAACUAUCCUAGCAGUUUCAGCCAGGCAGCCAGUAGACCAUUUGACUUUUGCACAGGAUGAGUUAGGAAUCCUAGGUCAGGCUUGUUCAUGGAGAGCUGGAGUGCCCUAUACUACUUAGGCCAUUCCACAUAGCUUUAAUGCCACUAAUUUGACUUUUGAAAAUACUCACUUAUUAACAAGGUCUCUGGUAUUAAACUACAGACAAUUAAUCUCUGAAGUGAACAGUUUUUCAAAUGCUAAAGCCCCUGGAGUGUGUAGUCCUGAUGGGGAUACUUCGAACGUUAACCAACCAACUACCCCCAAAGUAUACAUAAAGACUGAUUAACAUUCCCAAUUUCAAGACAUUGUAUUAAAUGUAACAUGAUUUUAUAAGGAUUUCUCAGGUUUACAUACCUCUAAAGUCAACUACUUGCUGAAGAAAAUUUAUUGGCAUUUAUUCUUAGUGACAGCUUGCCCCUUCUCCCCACAGGGGUGUGUGUGUGUGGGUGUGUGUGUGUGUGUGUGGGUGUGAGAGAGAGAGAGAGAGAGAGAGAGAGAGAGAGAAAGGGGGAGGGGUAUAUUUAAAUUUCCACUGCCCACCUAAAUUUGUAAAAUAACAUGUUUAUUACUACUGUAUGACCAUUUCUGUAUUAAUUAUUCUCCUCUACUCAAGUUUCAACUCAAUUUUAGAAGUUUGAAACUGAGUAGACUAGAAUAAGAGAAUGUAAAAUAAUUCAAAGAAACUAUUCAUCUUUUUUGUCAUAAAUUAUCAAUUGGAACCAUGAUAUAGAAGUUCCCUCUGAAUCUCAGAAAGAAGAAAAACUACUAUUGACAAAUAAAACAUUCUCCAUUCUGUUGGUUAUGAAUAAAUCUAUUCCAUUGUUCCCAAUCAGUGUUUGGGACCUAAGGCUAUUAUCUAUAUCAAGUGACUAGGUAUGUUCUUAUCUUCCUGCUGUAAAUUUAGUGUUAAAUGCUUGAGUUUCAGAUAACCAGGUUUUCUGAAUAUCAGUGUCUUGUAAACUUAUGGAAAAGAACAACAUCUCCAUGAAUUAAUACUGGGCCAGGCCCCGUCUUCUGGUGUUUCUGUUCUACAGCUAUGUUGUUUACAGCUGCCAGAAGCACAGGAGUUACACAGGAGGCAGAUCAAGUGGAGAUACCUUUUUGUACUUAAAGUUAUUAUUAGAUCAUAGUUGACACCCCAUAUACUCUUUGAUAAACCAAAAGCAGCCUUAUAGUCAAUCUUUUGCUUCUUCUAAAGAUGGAUGAACAAACAGUUGCCCUCUUAUGGUUUUUCCCAGCACUACCAUUUGAAGUUUCUUUGACCAGUCCCCCAUAGCCCAGCAGUAUCCUUGGUAUCAUGACCUACACUGCUUGUAUUUAUUUCCAUGGCAUGGGAUUUAACUGUGAAAGUUGAUUAGAGGAGACCUUGAGGGAAAGCCUCCCUGGGAAUCCAAAACAUCAGAUUUGCUACACUGACUUAGAACUGUGGCCUACCCUACUCCAUAUGUAUCUGACAGCCAUGAAGAGGUGUUUUAUGUGUCUCCUCCAAAGGUUAAUUUCCUUUCAUAACUCACAGUGGAGCUAUGGAAGCCCAGAAGUGCACAUGGUUUUCCAAGUGAAUGGGCACUGUUGUUUUGGUUUUCAAUAUCUUCCCAAUAAUGACCAGGUUUUUUUUUUUAAUUCACCCUAGCAUAUUGAUCAGGCUAAAUUAAAUUCCUCAAGUCUUAUUGGUGGAUCACUGUUCUUUAUAUUUUAAAUUAGAGGCAGCAGCAGUUUGUCUUAAAUGUAUUUGUUAGAACUUGCCCACACUGUUUCAUGUAUGCCUCUGCUUUUUUCACAUAGCCUUAUGAGAAUUUAUUGCAUAUGUUUCCUUUAACUGAUCAUUUCAAUACUCAGAUGAGUAUUUGUCAUCUUAGAUUUCAUUAUAUACUUGAAAUUCAAAAUCCUUCAUAAAAAAUUUUUUUAAAAAGUUAAGUAGCUGGUAUUGCUACUGGAUCCCUGAAUUAUCCCACUUGUCUAUCCAUAAAAGUUUCUGUUUAUCCUCCACCUUCUGUUUCUAUUUCUAAGCCAAUGCUUUAAGACACAACAUCUGCUCCAGCAUAUCCACUCUUCAUGGGUCUUAACCUCUUAACUUCUUUACUUCUCAGUUUUAUCCUGUAAGUUAGUGCUCUCUGACUCAUAGGGGUUUAUGCCAUGGGGGAAGAUAAGAUAUAUAAGGGUUAUCUUCAAGAGAGAUCCUUCUCUGAAAGUGCUUUUAUAAAAGCCCCUUGGCUUAGAAAAGAGAAACUACAGUUCCUCAGAUAUUUUUUUUUCCUAUUCUUGUUUUGCUGUUUUUAUUUCUGAAAAAUGAUCUCUGACUGAAAGGAGUCUUUAUUUUCAUUUUAACUUUCUCCCCACUAACCUUUUGCCUGUUGAAACCUCUGCCUUAUCCAUGCUCUGAACUUUUUUACUUAUGGAGCCAAAAUGAAUUCCCCCACAACGAAUUCCAGGAAUUUUAUUCCUGCCAUUGAGUAAAUUAAUGUCCUUGACGCAAAGGAGCAUCUAGCUUGCUGUUCCCACAAGGAGCCAGAAGCAAAUGAGGUCUUGCUCUGGCACUGGCAAAGUCUCCCCUGUGCCUUAGUUUUCCUUGUGUAAGCAGAAGUUAAUUCAGCUAUUUCACUGCAGCUAGGUAUUGUGAGUCCUGAGUCCUGACUAACAAAUGGGGCGAAGGCUUUUUGCAAAUGUCCUGUACUAUAUAAAUUCAUAGUGGAUGAUAUGGAGUGUCCUCAAGUAGACAUAAGUAUUUGUAUCGCUCAAAUCAGAACACUAAUCCACCCACUGUUUUCAAAAGCAAUGUUUUACUAACUUCUUUUUCAUAGUGAAAAUUAGUUUCUAGUUACUUGAACUUUUUAUUUUGGUGUCUAGAAAGUGAUCAAUAGUAUGUAUUCUUUCUUGUCCUAAGUUAUAUUUUUCAGUUUUAGAACUGAAACAGUUACUUAACAGUAUACAUAGGUAAAGAGGGAGAUAGAUUCCAGCUCAGAUGUUGUAAAAUAGAGAAAGUCAAAGAUUAGCCUUGAAUUUGAGAUUGUAUUUUAAAUAGAUGUUAAUGUGAAGUUUUUUUAGAUAUUCUUUAUUUUUAAGUUACCAGAAAUUGUCUUUUAUUUUUGGAGUUUUGAAUAUAUCAUUCUUUACAUGUUUUGAAUAAAGUGUUUUAUCCA